GAGACUCCUGUGUCUUUAAGAGAGCCGCAUUACAGGUGGGAUGACGCUGUAUGAGAGACUGACUCCGUGUGGUGGGGACGAUGCGUGUCGUGGGUUAACAGCUCGUUUCUGCCCCUGUCUGUGAUGCUCAAGAAAAGGUGGUGUCUAUUAUUCACUGCCGAAGACGGCUCCGCGUUUCUUCUCUCCAGAACCAACACUAAUGCUGUAUCCAUGUGCAAUGCUUUUAACAGCAUUAUCCCAACUAAAUCUAAAGGUUGACGACCCUACUGAUAUGCUCCCCAAGUCAAGAAAAGCCCUUAGCAUCCAGGAAAUUGCAGCUCUGGCCAGAUCAUCAUUUAAUGGUAUCUCACAGGUGGUGAAGGAUCACGUCACCAAACCCACGGCCAUGGCUCAGGGUCGGGUGGCUCAUCUGAUCGAGUGGAAGGGCUGGUCUAAGCCCUUAGACCCUCCAUCAGCUACACUGCAGUCCCACUUUAACUCCUACUCCCAUCUCAGUGAGGGUGAGCAGGAGGCCCGGUUUGCAGCAGGUGUGGCCGAGCAGUUUGCCAUUGCAGAGGCGAAGCUUCGUGCCUGGACCUCUGUAGAUGAAGAGGAGAUGGAUGAAGAGUCCUAUGAAGAGGAUCCUCCUCUAAAUGACGAGCCAAUCACGACAACUCUGAGCUCAGGUGAGCACCCUGUAUUAUCCAAUCAAAGCAGCCCAGUGCCAAGCCAGACAGACACGGCUGAAAUCAGUCCGUCAGACCCCGACGAGCCGCUCAUCUCAGAAGUGCCACCACACGCCCAAGAACUCCAGCUUUCAGAAGGAGAGGGCGACAGGGCCACAUGUGGGCUUCACAAACCAGAGCGCAGGCCUUUGUGGAGCAAGGGAGACUCCUGUUACUACUCCACCUCCUACUCCGAGUCUGGCCUUUCACCUGAGGACCAAGAAGAGGAGGACGGAAGAGAGGUGGAGGAAGGGGAGGACAACGUCUUUCAGGAAGUCAUCCGCUGGUACAGACACUGCCGGAGCAUCUCUGAUACCUCUGGAGCUGUGUCUUUUGAUGAUGAUGAGGAGGAGGAGGAGGAACAGGAAGAAGGUUCCAAGCAGUAACGCUGUGCUCUCACUCGCCCUUUUGUCUCUGUCCCUUCGUAGUAACCCUUCUGUGAAGUGUUUGUCCAGUCUGUUAUGCAUUCAGAGACAUUGACUUGUUUUUCUCCGCCAUACUUUUAAAGGGAUAGUUCAUUUAAAAAUGAAAGUUCUGUCAUCAUUUUUUUGCUCCCUCUUGUCUUUCAGAAUUUUUUUAAAUCUUCUUUCUUCUGUGGGACACAAAUAAUGUUAGGCAGAAAUCAGGGUUAUUACAGUUAACUGAAGCAGAAGCUAAAGGUAAAACCAUUUUUCUAUAUAUAUAUAGUUUCUAUAUACAGUAAA